UUUUAAAAAUAAUAAUCCAUUUAUUAUAUUCAUAUGCAUUACAAUUAUAAUUGUGUAUUACAAGCAUCUAUCAUAAGCAACCCUGUAACGAACACAGUCUUCUUUUCUUGUAUAACACUGUUAAAUAAUGCCAAUCCCAAUGCUGGACUUGCUAAAUGCCAAAAAAAAAAAAUUGCGAAGCCUUCAUUGCCCCAUCUCCUCCUCUUUUUAUUCACCUCUUUCUCUUCUCUUCUUCUCUUUUCUUUUCAUUGUAUUCGCCGCUAAUAAAUCCCUCCCCCAACUCACCUUCCUCCUCCCUCAUAGACCCUCAUUCAUACUUUGAAAAGAGCCCUUGGACUUUGUCUCUCUAUCUGAAUACCCUUCUCCUUCUCUUUUUUUUUUUUUCUCUUU